AUGUUACCCUAGGCCCAGCCCCAGCCCUGCCCCUCUGAUCCUGAGGCUGUGCCUGUGACCUUCCCACCCCCAGGCAUGCCCCUGAACCCUGAUGGAUUCUCAAGGGUGAUGAAGCUGAGACUGAGGAGGAUGUGGGGUCAGCUGACAGGACUUAGAUAUAAGAUAAAGUGGUGUGGUUUAAUGGGAAGAUUCCUUGGCCAGUUUGAUACGGAGGAUGAAAGGAAGGGUUCCAGUAAGGAGCCUAGGAGGAGCCUGGGCUAGGGACAAGUCUAGUAUGAGGCUUUGACUCCAGCGGUGGGUGGAUGAGUAAUGCGUCCAGGAAGCCUGGAGGCAGUGAUUUCCCCGCCAACUCCGCCCUUCGCAUGGACAUUUAUUCUCCACCGUGCAGUCCCUGCCGCCAUCAUCGCAGAUCGGGGCUCCUAGAGACACACCAGAGCAGAUACCACGAUGGCCCCCUUUGCAUCUCUGGCAUCUGGCAUCCUUUUGUUGCUAUCACUGAUAGCUUCCAGUAAGGCCUGUAGCUGUGCCCCACCCCACCCACAGACAGCCUUCUGCAGCUCGGACCUGGUCAUAAGGGCUAAAUUCAUGGGUCCCCCAGAAAUCAACGAGACCACCUUAUACCAGCGUUAUAAGAUCAAGAUGACUAAGAUGCUCAAAGGAUUCAACGCUGUGGGAAAUGCCGCAGAUAUCCGGUACGCCUACACCCCAGUCAUGGAAAGCCUCUGUGGAUAUGUCCACAAGUCCCAGAACCGCAGUGAAGAGUUUCUCAUCGCGGGCCGCCUAAGGAACGGAAAUUUGCACAUCAGUGCCUGCAGCUUCUUGGUUCCCUGGCGUACUCUGAGCCUUGCUCAGCAAAGGGCUUUCUCAAAGACCUAUAGUGCUGGCUGUGGGGUGUGCACAGUGUUUCCCUGUUUAGCUAUCCCUUGCAAACUGGAGAGCGAUACUCACUGUUUGUGGACGGAUCAGAUCCUCAUGGGCUCUGAGAAGGACUACCAAAGCCGUCACUUUGCUUGCCUGCCACGGAAUCCAGGCUUGUGCACCUGGAGAUCCCUUGGGGCCCCGAUGACCUGAAGCCUUCCCCCAGGAAAAGCUGAAGCCUGAACACUGUCUACCUUUCCUCCAUCUUUCUUUCUCUUAGAUGGUGAAAUAAAGAACUAUCACACAGCAGCAA